AUGGUUUCGAAUUCUCAAAGUAAGGAGGCUCAAGUAUCAAAAGGUCGAAGCAAGGACCUUGCAGUUUCAAAGGCACAAAUGAGUGAUGCCAAAUCUAUUCAAAGCAAUCCCACAAAGAAGAUGAGAUCUACUUCAACCUUCGAGAAAGACCCAAGCUCUGCGACAUUUGAUGAGGAGCCAAAAUCGACUCGUGGUAUCAACACAAUGAGCCAUGUUGUGAAGAGGAAAAUCCAGAAGAUUAAGCCUGUGGUUGAGUACAAUAAAAGUGGUAGACCACACGGCAAGGCUGCUAUUGAGAUGCAGAGUUACAUUGGUGUUUUGGCACACACCAGAGUCCCUCUUGUGGACAAGAAAUGGACUCAAUUGCCUAAGGACCUAAAGGAGUAG